GAGCGUGACGAACUCUGAUAGGCUACCGCUUUUGACCUAAAUAAAAUAAAUAAAUUAUCCAUUGCUCUAUUUCUACAGCAUAGUCGGUUCUUUUGUCAAUAUUCAGCCUAUUCAAAUGCCAGAGUGAAACUAAUGGCAUACUAGGCUAUAGCUUGGGGCGGCUACAUCCAUUUUUUCGACUGUUUAUUGCCUUGUUUUAUUGCACUUCUGCACAGUGAUGCAGCAGCAGCAGUGCGCCCGCUACCACCACCGUCCUCUUCUCUUUAAAGGGUAACCAAACGCUGCAAUGCAGAGACACGAGGGGGGGACGAUUGAACAUUAGCGUUGUAUUUGCGUGCACCGGACCGAGAGGGAGGCUGAGCUCCGUCCACAACGUCUUCUCUGGAGCCCUGCCUCGCAUCUUGGAGUUCGCCGGGCAGUCAUGGUCGGACGGGGGCUUUGGAUGUUCAGGUUCACGCGAUUUGGGAAACGAUGGAGCAGGUUUGGGAUUUUGCCUUUCAUCUGUUUGGCGCUAGUGGUGUGCGCCCUCGUCGCUCUGCUCUUCGUCGAUUCCAUCGAGUUAUGGGUCACCUCCAUGAACAUGGACACAUUGGUGGAGGCAUCGCAGGGCAGGAUUAUCCCGCCCAAGAGCGUCCCCCCGACCAGACCAGAGGAGUUCUUGCUCAUGCCGAGUCCCCUCGUCUGCCAACGUGCGAAACCAUACCUUAUAACCAUAGUGGCCUCUGCGCCCAGGAAUCAGCAAGCCCGCCAGGCCAUCAGGGACACCUGGGGUGGGGAGGUCGAGGUGAGAGGCCUCCGGGUGAUGACCCUGUUUAUUGUGGGUGUGGUUCUGGACCGGGGACUGGCUAAGCUGUUGGUGGAGGAGGCACGGCUAAGAGGAGACCUGAUCCAGGGGCGCUUCGAGGACACGUAUUCCAACCUCACCCUGAAGACCCUGUCGAUGCUGGGAUGGGCACGCCGGUUCUGCCCCCAGGCUCACUUCAUGGCCAAAGUGGAUGACGACGUGUUGUUCAAUCCGAGCGCACUUCUUCACUACCUUAACAGGAGCCGCAAUCCGUACGAACAAGGAGACCUCUACCUAGGCCGGGUGCAUCUCCAUGUGGCUCCGGACAGGGACCCGGACAGCAAGCACUAUCUCCCCGCCGGAGCAUACCCUCCCCCCGUCUUUCCAGACUACUGCAGCGGAACGGCAUACGUACUAUCCCGCUCCGCGCUCCUCAAAGUGUCCCUGGCAGCCGCCGCCUCCCCCCUGUCCACGCCUCUGCCACCCGAGGAUGUGUUCGUGGGGCUGUGUGCCCGUACGGCCGGGGUGCUGCCCUCCCAUUGUCCUCUCUUCUCGGGCGGACCGGCAGUCCCCUACGGCCGGUGCUGUUACCAGACCAUGGUGUCCGUCCACCACAUCGCACCGAGGGAGAUGCUGGGUUACUGGGCGGACAUCCAUUCGCCAAACCCCUGCUCUUGGAUAAGUGUGCGCGCCUCUCUGGGGGUCUGCAAACUCCGGGCCCUGAUUGGGAACGCUUUGGGCAUCGAGCAGGGGCUGUGAACGUGUGACUUGGGAGAGAAUUGCGUAGAAUACAUGUUGGAUGCAGGGCUUUAUCUCGCGUAGGCCUACUGUGAAUAGCACAACCAAAUAGUUGGCUGCCAAAAUAAAGUAGGCCUACUUACUGCACUAAGAAAAUCAAACUUUAUUUUUUAUAACUUGAAUUGCAAAAAUAAAUUAACUAAAUUAACUUUAACCGUAGCCUAUUUUUUUUUGGCGGUGUUCUAUCUCGUCCGGCUAAACUAAGUAGUGUAGUUUUAGUCACAAGCUUGUUGGCACUGAUCAGUGUAGCUUCAAACGCCAUAGCCUACCAUAGAUUUCGAAACAGUAGGCCUGACAACAUGCAGAUAUAAAGAGCUCAUAGCUUCCAAAGGGGGCUACUUCACAGGUCCAGUUGUAUCUUUUAACUGCUUAAAACACGGAUAAGGAGAUAAGUCUUAUCUAUUAUCAAAUGCAUGCAGACACAGCAAGCCCAACUCAAUAUACCUCUAUAUUUAGUCACAUCUAGAAGGCAGGGCAUCGACGCAAUUACGAUUAUUUCCCUCAUUACUUAGCCUAUUUGAAUUCCAAAAUAAAAUUGGGUAGUGACGGUGUCAUAAAACUUGCCUACAUGAUAGGCAAUUUCCUUAUAGUAGGCCUAUGAAACACAGAAAGUCCUAGUCAAUGCAUGAAAGUGUUUAUUUGGAGGGGAAAUGGUUAAGAAUUAACCGCCGGACUUGUUCAAUCUCGACUUUGAAGAACGAAUUUGUGUUUAAUAUUAUUUCGAGACUAAUUAUUUACUUCCGUUUUGGUAUUGGAGAAGAAUUUAGUCACUAAAAACCCUCAGGAAUUGAACGCCCUCAAUAAACAUGUUCUCUUUCGCUGUACUUGAAAGUGCUUUUAAAAACAGGAUGUGAAUGUUUAUUUAUGGAUGCAAUGGUUGGAAGGUUCGCUGAACUUGAAUCUGCCUGUACAAGAAGUCCUUGCUUCAUGAGAAUCUUUUAAUUAUCUGCAUCACAAUCACAUUGUUCUCAAAAAAAAAAAAAAAAGUGAUGCAGUACAAAUAACUCAUCUGGCAAUCAUCUUGACUAAAUGGCAGCAGAGUGUGCGAAUUUACCCUUCGAGCCAUGUGGUUACAUACUUUCCUGAAGCAAGACAGAAAAUAACUAAAUGGUUUGUGGAAUCAAUGAAGUGGCUUUGGGUUAGACAGGGGACCUAGUUGAAGAGUUGGAACUUUUGCACCCAUAAGAACCAUGUCUACAUGAGCGACAGCGAUGAACAGUCCUUGCGAGAACAAGCGGCAUAUUGUACAGUCUCGAGUGGGAAGACAAGAAUGCGAACCCGCCCUUCAUGGAAAGUCGAACGGUGACUCCGUCCGCUGGACCUCACGGGGCCGCCCGUUUCUUGAAUCGGUCCAGAGCAGAUCUCUGCACAGCAGAUGUUUGCCCAUUGUUUUUUUUCUUCCUUUCCUUUGCAGACUCUGCCUUUUCCUUCAAAGUUGUAAUGAUGAUCUCCUGUGUAGACGCGGGACAUAAAUAAAUAUGAAUAUUCAGCAAGCAGUUGAGAAUGUACAGAUGGAUGAACAGCAUCUGAACAGCAUUGUGAACUACUUACUCUCUUGUCUUCGUGAGCCACUUGAUUCUUGCGCCUUAUAACCCCUCCAGUGGAACUUCUGCCCUUCUUCCUCAUGCGGGGCUUGAACUUAUCUCUGGCAAGUGGGUCGUAGCCCUAGGUAUGGUAACAGAGUUUAGAACACAUCAAUUAUUUCACACAUACAUCCAGUGUUGGGUAGGAUACUUUUAAAAAUGUAUCCAUACAUACCCAAAAAUGUAAUAUAUUCCGUAUCGUAUUCUGAAUACUUGGAGUACUUCCACAUUGAAUUGCAUUUUAUAAGUGUAGGAAUGCGGAAUCAAAUCCUGCUUACUAAAUAGACCUAUUCUGGUGUGUUCUUCUGUUCAAACUGGCUGAAUGUGUUAGGCCCACGUCUCCCUGAAAGUGCACUAUAUUAUAUAAUUUGCUGUAGAGGAACAAAGACUAAGGGUAUGUUUGUGUACGUCUGUGAAAGUAAAUAAUCAUGGCUAUCCAGCGGGCUGCACUCGUGAUAUUGAUUUGAUUCAUACAGUUGUGAACCGGUCAAACUCCUCCCUCAUCCUGGUGCUGACUCCAUGUUGAGGCUUGAGCCAUGACUCAUUUUCACCCGACGGUCUGACAAUAUGCUGCUAGUCUUGGAGUUGCUGCUAAUCAGACAAUAAUUCCCAUAAUGUGAAUGGCUGAGCAGGUGCCUGGUACGUCCAAAGGGGUGUAUGCUUUUUGGAAGUGGAUCGGACUGAGGUGCGUUCACUUUCACAUCUCAAGCGAACCGUACCAGGGUUCGUUUGGAUGCGAACCGAGACCAGCUGUUCAGCGAGGUCUAGGCCGGCUGAUUUGGUUCGCAUCGAAGUGAGGUGGUUGUAUUCACACCAACGCAAAUGUACCAAACCAAGGGACCAAACUUGUUUAGUGCGCACUAAAUGCGGUUAGUGUGAAAGCACGAAUAAACUUGUGAAACAGAAGUAUCGUCAUGUAAUCCAUUGAUUUCAACAAUUUAACUGUAUUCUAAAUACCAAGAAUUUAACGGAAUAGUUAGUUAUAAUUUGUAUUCUGAAUACGUAACGCCGGUACAUGCAUUCCGUUACUCCAACACUGCAU